AUGGCUUCCAUCAGUCGAUUGGAAAGACUCAACCAGGGCAUUGUGACUUCUAGUUCUGACAUGCUCUACACACUCUCCUCUCCUGUAUGGGUGACUUUUGCCACCCCCCUUCGGCCCGACGUGGCCAUUGGGAAGGCUCCACUCAGUCACUUGUGUAUACCGCGCCCAAUAACCCAAGAACAACCCUCCCUUGCUAGCCAGCCAGGGGGAACUGCCUAUCCAUCGGACAUCUUCUCGGCCGGGGCGUUUCUUUGGUUCGUGGCGGUUCCUUUACUAUCGGUUAGACUGAGUCAAUUUGGCUGUUUACAUCUCCAUAAUUCCUUCCCAAAGAUCGGGGCCUGGUGCGAUAUCGGUUCGCGGUGGAAUGCACUGACCGGAAUUACCAUGAACGCUCCCAGAAGCUGCCCCGUCAGUCACGACUCGGCGCAACUCCGCGGAUCUAGGAGUGAGAUGGCCUUAAUUCCGAGUAUCGAAGACCCAUACCAUCCCGUCUACGGGGCCAAGUAUGGUCGCUGUCAGUUUGCACCCUCAGACGAGAAGAAGUUCGCUUUUUACUGA